AUUUGUUUACGAGCCAACACUGCUAUCAAUUUAACUUCCGGUAUGACGAGGAGUGGGUGUCGUAAAGGCGUUCAGUUUGUUGCAACACUUUCAAGCGAAUGUAUGGCGUUGUACUGCAAUGUAUGGUUAUAAAGAAAAGCGAAUAUGUUUUUUAAAACGUAUUUUCAGACAAUGAAAGGAAUAAGCGAAAACCUAAAUGUCUAUAUUGAUGUUUCCCGACUGGAGCCUCCUCUAUAGACCUUCUCAUAGGCUUGUUGUAGCUGCUCUCUGAUUGGACCAGCGGCCUCUGCCGAGAAUCAGUGAACAAUCAAAGAUUGUCUAUGAAGACAAGAGCCGCCCAACAGUCACGGUUGUAAACAUUGUGGUAUUCUCUUAAUUAUUACUUCAUGUUUUUUUCUCACAGAGACGGACCUAUUCCAAGUGAUCAUAACUAAACUACUCGAAAUAAUUUACUUUGUGCCUUGUUUUUUUAAUGGUCUAUUGCACCUGAUGAUUCGUGUGGAGUGGGCCUUCUUCGUAAGCAGGCCCUCUGUGCAGCCGGGAGCUCAGAGGCGAUGAGAGGGGAGGGCAGACAGCACCAGGGACUGGGUGGGAGCAGGAGGGAUGCGAGGGUGGAAGCAGGGGAAGAAGAACAUAGUGGUGAGGAGAUCAUCUCUUGGAUGCUGAGUCACAUAAUCAAGGGACCACAUCCCCAUGAGUCUUUGGGAAUAAUGGAGGAGCUUGAACACACUUGCCCCCAUCCUCGGACGACGCUGACCAAGCCUGCCAUCUUCGCCGCAGAGAGCAGCUGCGAUUGCCGCGCCCCUCAUGAGAAGCUAACUGUCGCUCAGGCCCGCAAAGGAACCCCAGUGGACCGUCCAGUGAGAGUGUACGCUGAUGGCAUCUUUGACCUCUUUCACUCUGGCCAUGCCCGUGCUCUCAUGCAGGCCAAGAACCUCUUCCCUAACACCUACCUAAUUGUGGGAGUGUGCAGUGAUGAUCUGACCCAUAAGUACAAAGGCUUCACGGUCAUGACAGAGAUAGAACGAUACGAAGCUCUACGACACUGCCGCUACGUUGAUGAAGUACUGAGGGAUGCUCCUUGGACGCUCACACCCAAAUUUCUGGAGGAACACAAGAUCGAUUUUGUCGCUCAUGAUGAUAUCCCAUACUCCUCAGCAGGGAGCGAGGAUGUCUACAAACACAUUAAGGAGGCAGGGAUGUUCGUGCCUACACAACGCACCGAGGGCAUCUCCACGUCAGACAUUAUCACUAGAAUUGUCAGAGACUACGACGUCUACGCCCGGCGCAACCUCCAACGUGGCUAUACGGCCAAGGAACUCAACGUCAGCUACAUCAAUGAAAAGAAGUACCGGCUGCAGAACCAAGUGGACCGGAUGAAGGAGAAGGUUCGCAACGUUGAGGAAAAGAGCAAACAUUUUGUUUACCGCGUGGAAGAGAAGAGUCACGACCUCAUUCAGAAGUGGGAAGAGAAAUCCCGUGAGUUUAUCGGUAACUUCCUGGAGCUAUUUGGACCUGAUGGGACAUGGCAGGUGUUUCAGGAGCGCAGCGGUCGAAUGCUGUCCUACGCUAUGUCUCCCAGAGAAUCCCCCUGCAGCAGCCCAUCGCGUGAACUGUCUCCCCAGCGCUCACCUUCGCCCCCGUCUCCUCCCGACCGCUGGCACAAUGCACGGCCCUUGCUGCCAACCUCCCCCAAAGGAGCGUUGGCCUCCAUCAGCAGCAUGAGUGAAGGCGAUGAGGAUGACGUGGACACUCCCACAAGCUCACAGAACACUGCCUGACAGCUUGGGCGCACAAAUACACACACACACACUUCCCACACACUGGAUGGAUACCAAAACACUUUACCUCAAGGAAAAUACAGAAGCUGUGGGAAUUCUGUGCAGCUGGGUUGUCGGGGUGACCCACGCAGAAUAAGGUGGAUGAUGAAGGUUCACUGUAUAGCAGAAAAAUGUGCACUCGUCACAGUAGAUUGCUGAAAGAAACAUUCCUGCAGCCUUGUCAAGCCACAUACUGUUUUGUCUUUUUUUAGGAGAGCACUGUCUGUUUGGGAGGCCAUCUUUUUUGAAGUAGGACAGUCAUAAUAUAAACACAGCGCUAUUAAAACACUCUCAGUACUGUACAUUAUUCAGUUGAUCAUUAAACCACACUAAGGCUUUUAAAUUGAAAGCGGAAGACGACAAACAGGAAAUGCAGGGCAAAAAGGGGGGGUGCUGUGAAAUGAAGGUAAAUCCAAUUUUCUGAUUUUGGUCCGUUUUACUCAAUUGUAAUGUUUCUAUUACCAAUGUACACAUUUUUUGUAUUUUAAGGACAGCAGUGACAAAACAUUGUGUUUGUGUAGUUAAUUGUUAAGGCGUGCUCGGGUACAGGGCAUAUAGUACCCGGAUGCUUAACUAAACUUUCACGCUAACUUUGAGGACUGUUGUACUUCGACCAUGAACUACAAUUUAAGCAAUAAUGUGUUGGUGAAACAGCUGUAUAAUGUUAAUAGGACAAAUAAACAGUAGGUUUUCACCAACAGCUGUAUAACGUGAAUGGGACACAUUAAAAAGUGCAGUUUGUUGAUGAACGUAAUAAGAGCUUACUUGUCAAGUGUGUGCAGGAUCGGUGCUUCACACUACAAAGCGUUCUCAUUUCAAAACCGUAAAACUUAAUUCAUAAUACAACUUGCUCAUCAUUGUAAAUGUUUUGUCUUUCAGAAUACUGUAUUACCUCCGACUAAAGUUGACAGAACACAUAACAUUUAUGUACAGUACUUAACUCGCUGAAGCAGGCUACGAGGUACGUGAUCACGUGACCGGGUGUUGGCGUCAAUUGGAUAGCGAAGCUACGUCAUAGUGACCCGGAUGUUGGCGUUCAUUCAUUCUAGAUGGGCAAACUUGAUGUUAUGUACGUUUCAAUGAAGCAAACUGCAAAUAAAAACAUUUUUGGCACUAUUACAUUGGUGACUGAUACACAAAAAUUUAAAGAAAUUAACAGUUUACCUGUUAUGCAUCAUCCAUCCAAUUUCUGCCGCUUAUUCCCGUUCGGGGUCGCUGGCGCCUAUCUCAGCUACAAUCGGGCGGAAGGCGGGGUACACCCUGGACAAGUUGCCAUCUCAUCGCAGGGCCAACACAGAUAGACAACAUUCACACUCACACACUAGGGCCAAUUUAGUGUUGCCAAUCAACCUAUCCAUCACGAGUCACAUAAUACACAUCUCACUUGUGGCUAUGUUGGGUUUAAAAUCUAGGAAUAGUAUGUCAGAUUAUGUCGUCUAAAAGAUGAUUUAAAGGCUUACUGAAAUGAGAUUUUCUUAUUUAAACGGGGACAGCAGGUCCAUUCUAUGUGUCAUACUUGAUCAUUUCGCGAUAUUGCCAUAUUUUUGCUGAAAGGAUUUAGUAGAGAACAUCCACGAUAAAGUUCGCAACUUUUGGUCGCUAAUAAAAAAAACCUUGCCUGUACCGGAAGUAGCAAAUGAUGUACGCGUGACGUCACGGGUUGUCGGGCUCCUCACAUUGUUUACAAUCAUAGCCACCGGCAGUGAGAGCGAUUCCGACCGAGAAAGCGACAAUUUCCCCUUUGAGCAAAAAUGAAAGAUUCGUGGAUAAGAAUAAUGAGUGAAGGACUAGAAAAAAAAAAAAGUCAGGGGUGUGUGGCCACGGGUGUGGUGACUGCCAGUGUCUCUGACAGAAGGAAGCAGCAGGACGCAAGCUCCGCUGAUGUCUACGGUAAGAGACGACUUAUUAGAACAAUUUUCUCACCGAAACUUGCCGGUUGACAUGUGGUCGGGAUCCAUGUUCGCUUGACCGCUCUGUUCUAUAGUAAAGCUUCACCUUCUGGAAUUUUAAACAAGGAAACACCGGCUGUGUUUGUGUGGCUAAGGGCAGCUGCAGUGCACCGCUUCCCACCUCCAUCUUUCCACUUUGACUUCUCCAUUAUUAAUUUAACAAAUUGCAAAAGAUUCAGCAACACAGAUGUCCAGAAUACUGUGUAAUUAUGCGAUUGAAGCAGACUACUUUUAGCUUCGAUCGGGCUGGAAAAAAAUGUCCGCUACAACCCGAGACGUCACGCCCAUGCAUCAUCAUACGCGUCAUCAUUCCGCGACGUUUUCAACAGGAUACCUCACGGGAAAUUUAAAAUUGCAAUUUAGUAAACUAAAAAGGCCGUAUUGGCAUGUGUUGCAAUGUUAAUAUUUCAUCAUUGAUAUAUAAACUAUCAGACAGGGUGGUUGGUAGCAGUGGGUUUCAGUAGGCCUUUAAGUGAGUCAAUACAUUGCUGCAGGGUUCAUGAUUUUUUUCAGGGAAUAUUACAGUAUGUUCACUUGAAACCCCUAAAAUAUAUUAUAAUGGGAAUGUUUUUUUUUUUAUUAAAAAGUCCAAAUAACUUGGUAUGGAAAUAAAAUUCA